AUGCUUAUAUCUUUGAAAAUAAACAUUGGGGUGGGGGAGGCCGAAACGAAAGCAACAACACGGAAGCCGUGGGAAUUUGAUUGGACGAAAAAUGAAAUCCAUUUAGGCGUGGAUAACUCGGAUACACGGCGAAAUCAUUAUUGGCUCGCUCAAGAAGAUGCGUGCUCGGCACAGAGACAAUUAUUCGCUCGUAUUACACCGAAAAGAUCUAUCUAUCUAUCUAUCUAUCUAUCUAUCUAUCUAUCUAUCUAUCUCCUUCUGUUUCUUUCUUUCUUUCUUUCUUUCUUUCUUCCUUUCUUUCUUUCUAACUCUCUCUCUCUAUCUAUCUAUUUCUUUCUUUCUUUCUUUCUUUUUUCUUUCUUUCUUUCUUUUUUUCUUUCUUUCUUUCUAUCUAUCUCCGUCUGUUUCUUUCUUUUUUUCUCUGUUUCUAUCUAUCUAUCUAUCUAUCUAUCUAUCUAUCUAUCUAUCUAUCUAUCUAUCUAUCUCGUUCUGUUUCUAUCUAUCUAUCUAUCUAUCUAUCUAUCUAUCUAUCUAUCUAUCUAUCUAUCUCCUUCCGUUUCUUUCUUUCUUUCUAACUCUCUCUCUCUCUCUCUCUCUCUCUAUCUAUCUAUCUAUCUAUCUAUCUAUCUCUUCUUUCUUUCUUUCUUUCUUUCUUUCUUUCUUUCUUUCUUUCUAUCUAUCUAUCUAUCACAUGUUUCUUUCUAUCUAUCUAUCUAUCUAUCUAUCUAUCUAUCUAUCUAUCUCAUUCUGUUUCUAUCUAGCUCAUUCUAUUUCUAUCUAUCUAUCUAUCUAUCUAUCUAUCUAUCUAUCUAUCUAUCUAUCUUAUUUGGUCAGAUAUCUCUCUCCAUCUAUCUAUAUUUUACUAAUUGGUUUAUCUGUCUAUUCUCAUUUCUUUCUUUCUUUCUUUUUUUCUUUCUUUCUUUCUUUCUUUCUUUCUUUCUUUCUUUCUUUCUUUCUCCUCAUUUACUUAUUUUUAUUUACUUUCUUUCUCCUUCCAUUUCUUUUCUAUUUUCUUUUCUUCUUCCAUUCAUCCGCCCCCCCCCAAUUCUUCUCUUUCUCAUUCUUGUAAUUCCAUUGUUAUUUUACUUUCCACCUCUCUCUCUUCUCAUUUUCCUUUACUUAUUUCUUCUCUUAUGCUUCUCCUGUUAUUUUUCUAUAUUCCCAUCACCGUUUCUUUUUUUUUCCUUUCCGUCUUUCUUAUCCUCUUCAACUUUCUCCUUUCGCUUUCGAUUUCAUUCCUCUCAUUUUUUCCUUCUUUCUUAUCCUUCUUCUUUCUCUUUCUCUUUUCCCGCUUUCUUCAGUCUUUCUUUUCUCAUCCUUUCCUAUUUUUCUUUCUUUUCAUUCUUCCUUUUUUUAUCCUCUUCUUUUUCAUUUUCUUUGCUUAGUAUUUCUAUCUUCUUUUUUCCCCUUUUCGCUUUCAUUUUCUCUCUUUUUUCUUUCCAUCUUUCUUUUCUUAUCCUCUCUUUCUUCUUUAUCCUCCUUUUCCUUUCCCACACUCUCGCUCUUAUUUUCUUUCACUUUCUCUCUUUUUACCUUUCCUUUUUUUUUCUUCUACUCUCUCUCUCCCCCGCUUUUCUUCUGACUUUUCUUAGUAUUUCUCCCUUCUUCUUUCUCCCUUCUUUUUCAUUUUGUCUCCAUUUCCUUUCUUUUCUCUCCCUUUUUUUUCUAUCCUUCUAUCUUUUCCUAUCAUUCUUCUCCUUUCUCUUUUCUCUUUCAAUUUCAAUCUCUUUCCUUUCCAUCUUACUUUUCUUAUCCCCCGUCUUCUUUUUCCUCUUUCGUUCCCUCUCUCUACUUUCGUUUCCUUCUUUAUAUUAUCAUUCGUCUCCUUUAUUCUUCCUCUUUCACUUCCCUUAUUUUUUUCCUUUCUUUUGUUAUUUUCUGCCUCUUCUUCUCUCCCCCUUCCCUUUAAUUUUCUCUCCGUUUCCUUUCCUUCUUUUUUUCUCAUCUUCUCUUUUUUCUUUAUCGUUUCUUUUUCAUACGCACUCUUCUUUCUUUCUUUCUUUCUUUCUUUCUUUCUUUCUUUCUUUCUUUCUUUCUUCUUCUUUCUCUUUUACUUUCACUUUCGUUCCUUUCCACCUUUUUCUUAUCCUAUACUCCUUCUUCUUCUUCUUCUUCUUCUUCUUCUUCUUUACUCUCUCUCUCUCUCUUAUUUUCGUUUCCGUUUUCUCUGUUCUCACCCCUCUUCUUUUUUCUUUUUCUUUCCCUUUCUCCCUUUUUAUCUUUCCUUCUUUCUUCUUUCUCCUUUCUUUUCUUAGUAUUUCCCACUUCUUCCUCUUUCUCUUUUAUUUUCUAUCUGUUUCCUUUUCUUCUUUCUUCUCAUCCUCUCUCUUUACUUUUUCUCCUACACGUUAUUCUCUUUUCUAUCAUUCCAUAUCUUGUAUAUUAAUAGUUCUUUCCUUACUCCUUUUUAUUCUUUCACAUUUUUCUUUUUAUCUUUUCCCUUCUCCAGUUUCUCUAUAUCUUCUUUCUUUCUUUCUUUCUUUCUUUCUUUCUUUCUUUCUUUCUUCUUCUCACUAA